GCAAAGACUCAAGUCACAGAGGAAGAUGAAGGGCCCCUACCAGGCUGCUGGCAGGACCCUGCUUACUUUAGGGAGCCUCAGCAUCAUCUCUGGCGUGCUUGCCUUCUUCCCCGUCUUCUCUUGCAACCUUCAGUAUGCAGGAUGGAGCGUUUGGAUCGCCUGUCCCAUCUGGAACGGGGCUUUGGCCAUCACAGCUGGGGCACUUGUACUGCUUGCUCACCGAGAGUGGAGCCAGAGACACUUGUGGGAAGCUGGCUUCACCUUUGCGGUUCUGAGCAUUAUGGGAUGUCCACUUCAUUUUGCAAUAGCCUUGGAAUCUGCUCUCCUUGGUCCAUAUUGCUUCUACUCCUUUUCAGGGGUGGCAGGGACCAAUUACCUUGGAUACGCAGUUACCUUUCCUUUCCCGUACACGGCGUUCCCAUCAGUCUGCGUGGACCCGCUCCACUAUGAAGAGUAUCACCUGACCCUCCAAGUCCUGGACCUGUGCCUGAGCCUCGUCCUAUUCUGUGUGUCCCUGGCCGUGUUCGUCAAGCUUUCCACACGACUGGUGCAGAACGGACACGUAAAUGUAAGUUCUCCAUGGAUCCGGAAGCUGAGGGGAAGGACCACAUGGGAAUUCCUAAGAGGUCUACCGCGAUCUGCUGCCAUGGUAACCAGGGUCCAGCAUGAUGCAGGCUCUCAAUAAGCGAUUUUGGAUGAACGGGAGGAUUUACAUUGAGGGAAUAACUGGUUUAUCCCCAAUACUAGGCACUCUCUGCUAAUUUUUAUCUCAAACUAGCAUUUUAAAGCUGUAUUGGAAUAAAUAAUAGUACAUACAUACUCCCACCUCUUGACAUGUAUCUCCUUUUAGGUUUGUGUUAAAAAUUUUAAGUUA